CAGUUUCAUUUCACUCACUUCAAAGAGAAUGGCAAAAAAGUAUGAAGGAGUUGCUAUAGGAAUUGAUCUUGGCACAACUUACUCAUGUGUUGGAGUAUGGCAAGAGCAAACUGAUCGUGUGGAAAUAAUUCACAAUGAUCAAGGAAACAAAACAACACCUUCUUGUGUUGCUUUUACUAAUUCUCAGAGAUUGAUUGGUCAUGCUGCCAAAAAUCAAGCUUCCUCUAACCCCACCAACACUAUCUUUGAUGCAAAGAGGUUAAUUGGAAGAAAGUAUAGUGACUCCAUAGUUCAGAAGGAUCAACUGUUGUGGCCAUUUAAGGUCACUGCUGGUGCUAAUGACAAACCGAAGAUCCUUGUGAACUACAAUGGGAAGGAACAUCACUUUGUUGCUGAAGAAAUAUCCUCUAUGAUUCUAUCACAGAUGCGAGAGAUUGCAGAUGCAUUUCUUGAGUCACCUGUUAAGAAUGCAGUGAUUACGGUGCCAGCGUAUUUCAAUGAUUCGCAGCGACGAGCCACCAAGGAUGCUGGUGUCAUUGCUGGCCUCAAUGUAAUACGGAUAAUCAACGAACCAACUGCAGCUGCUCUUGCAUAUGGCAUUCAAAAGAGAGCUAAUUGUCUUGAAGAGAGAAGGAUUUUUAUUUUUGACCUUGGCGGUGGAACUUUUGAUGUGUCUCUUCUUACAGUAAAGAAUAAUGUCUUCGAAGUCAAGGCCACUGCCGGAGACACUCACCUUGGAGGAGAGGACUUUGAUAAUCGAAUGGUGAAUCACUUUGUGAAAGAGUUUAAGAGGAAGAACAAAGUUGACAUUAUUGGGAACUCAAAAGCCCUAAGGAGAUUGAGAACUAACUGCGAGAAGGCGAAAAGGACACUUUCAUACGAUACAGAGGCUACAAUUGACAUAGAUGCUAUAUGUGAGGGCAUUGACUUCUGCUCAUCAAUCACUCGAGCCAAGUUCGAGCAACUGAAUAUGGACCUCUUUGAAAAGUGUAUGGAGACCGUUGAAAGUUGUUUGACCGAUGCUAAGAUGGACAAGAGUAGUGUAGAUGAUAUUGUACUUGUUGGUGGCUCGUCUAGGAUUCCCAAAGUGAAGCAGCUAUUGCAGGAGUUUUUCAAGGGCAAGGAGUUAUACAAGAGCAUCAACCCUGAUGAGGCUGUUGCUUAUGGUGCCGCUGUUCAGGCUGCUUUGUUGAGUGAAGGCAUGAAGACUGUUCCGAAAGUGACGCUGCAAGAUGUUAUACCUUUGUCUCUUGGUUUUUCUAUAAAAGGAGAUCUUAUGGAUGUUAUGAUUCCUAGGAACACUUGCAUCCCUGUCAAGAAGACAGGUAGAUAUGUUACUGCAUAUGAUAACCAAACUGGAGUCCGAAUUCAUGUUUAUGAGGGCGAGAGAAUGAUAGCUAGCGAAAACAACUUGCUUGGUUUCUUUCGUCUUUCAGUUCCUCAUGCACCUCGUUACCUUCCUGUCCAAGUAUGCUUUGCUAUAGAUGCUGACGGUAUAUUAAAAGUCUCUGCGAAGGAAAAAACCAGUGGUAAUAAGAAAGAUAUUACAAUAACAAAUGAAAAUGGAAGAUUAUCAAGUGAAGAAAUUGGGAGAAUGAUCCAGGAAGCUGAGAAUUUCAAGGCUGAAGAUAUGAAGUUCAAAAAGAAAGUUAAAGCAAUCAAUGCUUUGGAUGACUAUCUUUACCAUGUGAGGAAAAUCAUGAAGGAUAAUUGUGUUAGUUCCAUGCUGACACCUGUAGACAAAAUUUUGAUAGAUUCUGCAAUGAUAAAGGGAAAAAGCUUGAUUGAUGGAAACAAGCAGGAAGAUACAUUUGUGUUUUUGGACUUUUUGAAGGAGCUUGAGAGCAUCUUUGGAUCUGCUUUGAAUAAGAUCAACAAAGGUUACUCCGGUGAAGAAAGUGAUUCUGAUUCUUAAUGAUAAAUUGUUAUUUGA